AUGAAACGCAGUGCUUAUAAGAGUAGUACCAGACAAGUCAUAUUUAAAGUGUUUCAAGAGUGUAAGGCUUUAGACGAUGUUUACGGUCGAACAGCAAAGAUAACUGGUGUUUUUGGAAGCACAAUUCGGCGCAAAGUGGACGACGAUGAAUAUUUUGCUCGUGGAGGAUCUCUGUAUAAUGAUAUAGACAAACUUGUCAUCUCAGUAAGUGAUGAUAGUUCCAGUGAAUCUGAAGAGUCAGAAAUGGACUAA